AUGGUUCUGUCCUCCACUGAAAUGGAUUCUCUCCUGGAAGAGCUGGAGAGAAUGGAGAUUCAAUCAGGCUUGAAUUUUCCUGAGGAUGUGGAAUUGGAGUUGAAAUUCCUGAAGUUGUACGUGAGAUGCUUGACAAAAUGCGAGGAAACAGGUAAGGAUACAAAUCUUGUUUCUUCAGUGAUUAGCAUUCAAGCUAUAGUGAAAGAAACUGGUGGUCAAAUUGUUGCAGCCCUUAUUGAUACUUUCUUGGAAGAUCUAGCUGACCCUUUGAGGGAUUGUGCUGAAUUUCUUAGAGGAGGAUUAAUAUUCAUGAUAACAUUCUUCAUGGAUCAAUUCGAGGAUGCUGCAACAAAUGGUGGAAAUGAACUUUACACACAAGUUGCUGCUGUCCUGGAAGAGGCACUCUCUCUCGUCUCUUCAUUGUACAUUGAUGAGUUGGAGGUGGACAGUUUCAGUGAAAGGCAAACCGGUCUUUCUGUUUUCCAAUCCAAGAUUGAAAAAGUCAAGGCAGAAGUGGCAGAGGUUUAUUUCCAGGUCCCAAAUUUAUCAGACUUCAGUUUCCCUAUGACAAAUGUCAAAGAGCAGCUGUUUUUACUGAAACCUGACCUGAAAGACAUCAUGGGGGACCAGAUUGAGGGCGAGGAGCAUAAAGAUCUUUGGAAACGAGUUAUCAAUGUUGUAAAGAAUCAAGCUUAUUGGAGCAGAAGCAAGAAUGAUCUCAUCCACAAAAUCCGAACUAUCCCAGCUGAAACACCACCAGCGCAAGGAAAUACUUCAAGACUGAAGGAGGUUGUUAUCGGUAUGAAGGAUGAAUCACAGAAAUUAAUUGAUAGACUCAAGAGAGGAACAACAAAGCUUGAUAUCAUUUCCAUCGUGGGUAUGCCAGGUCUUGAAUGUGGUUUUCCUGAAGAAAUCACAUCCAUAAUUCAUUUGAGAUACUUUGCAAUAUGGUGUCGUGCUACUGAACUUCCUUCAACCAUUGCUAAUCUGUGGAAUCUUCAAACCUUAUGUCUGAAUUCUUCAGCUGGAGAGAUUCCCUUGCCAAGUACGAUUUGGCAGAUGAAAAGCUUAAGGCAUGUAUGUAUUCCUUCUAUGUCUUUAAUUGGUAUUAAGCAUCAUGAAUAUGGCCAGUUAGAGUUCAUGGACUUCUUUUCUACACCAGUUCUCAACUCAGGAGAAGAAACAAAGGAGUUUUUGAGAAGUUUACGAAGGUUGACGUUGGGAAGGCUUCCAAUACCCUGGACAGCCAUAUCAGUCAUUGGACAAUUGCCUAAUCUUGAAGUUCUCAAACUACGUGACCGAGUUUUUCAAGGAAAAACAUGGGAUGUGGAAGAAGGCGAAUUCUUGAAACUAAAGUGCUUGGAACUCUGGCAAUUGAACCUUGAAGAGUGGAAUGUCCCUGAUGAGCCAUUCCCCUGCCUUGAGCAACUUACAGUGAAAAACUGUUACAACCUUGAGGGUAUCCCCUCAACCUUGGGCUAUAUUCCCACUUUGAAGAAGAUCGAUGUGCGCUGGUGUUUCAAGGCCACCAAUUCAGCUAAGCAAAUUCUUGAAGAACAACUGGAAAUGGGAAAUGAUGGCCUUGAAGCAAUUGUCUUUGGCUAG